AUUUUUAAUUAUCUCUAAAUUUGUUCUGUUAUAAUGCUCUGUUAAUUUGAACUUAAUUGAUGUAUUAUUAUUCACUUUCGAUUUUUGAAUUUACUACUUUGAUUACAUUAUGAUGAACGUUUUUGGAUUGUUAUACUUUGUAUGAACAUUUUGUUGCUUCAUUUGUUGUUUCAUUUGUUGUUUUCUUUGUGUUUUAGAAUUGUGUGUUUUUGUCGUAUAUUUUGUAGAUUAUACUUUCAAUUAAUCGUUUAUGUUUUCUUAUUCAUACUUACUAAUGUGUUUAUGUUCAGUCUUAAAGUCAUUUUUGAUCAUUUAUUUUUACAUUUUUAUAUCGAUAUUAUGUGUAGUGGUAAAUAAUGAAAAUAUUGUUCAAAAUAUUAUGUGCUGAAAUUCUUUGGCAAUUGAUCAUGUGCUGUUUUGAUAUUGAACAUUUUACUUAUUUGUUAUUGUUCAUUCAUGAAACUCUUUAUGAUCAUUUAUAAUUGUAUAUUGUGCAGUGGAAAAAAAUGAUGAUAUUAUGUAUUUAGAAGCAGAACAGUCUGAAUUAAAGGAUAAAGAAUUUAAAUCUGAAGAUGAAGCUUUCGAAGCGUAUAAUGAAUAUGCUUUUAGGAAAGGUUUUGGAAUUCGAAUUGGGAAGAGUAAGAGAAGAAGAGAUGAUUCUUUUUUGAUGAAAAGAUUUGUUUGUUGUAAUGAGGGAUUCAAAGAUAAUAAGUGUAAGAAUAAAAGGAUUUAUGAGAAGUUGGAUCAUCGAACUGGUUGUUUAGCUUUUGUGCAGUUUCAUAUUGAUCAUUUAGGGGUCUAUACAUGUACAAGACAUGAAAUGGUUCAUAAUCAUGCUAUGAUUCCUCCUGAAAAAAGGCAUUUGAUAAGGUCUCAAAGAGAUGUGAAUAAAGAGCAGCUUCUUUUCAUUUCAACAAUGAAAUUGAGUGGAGUCAAAGUUACUGAUUCUUUGAGGGUUCUAAAGAAGGAGGUUGGGGGAUCUCCUAAUCUUUGUUUUACUGCUUCUGAUGCUUAUAAUGCAUUGUCAUCUGAAAAAGCUGCCCAAAUUAAAGGAUGUGAUAGUAACCAAUUAAUUAAAUAUUUUGCCAAGAGACAUGUGGAUGAGGCAGAUUUUUAUUAUGAUUUUGAACAAGAUGAUAGUGGUGCUUUAGUUAGUUUUUUUUGGCGUGAUGGUAGGAUGAUGAGAGAUUAUCAUUACUUUGGAGAUUUGUUGGUUUUUGAUACAACUUAUAGAACUAAUAAAUAUGGAAUGAUAUGUGCUCCAUUUGUUGGGAUGAACCAUCAUGGUAACAAUGUCAUGUUUGGUAUGGGUUUUAUUCUUAAUGAGCGCACCGAGUCUUUUGAUUGGUUGUUUGAUACAUUUUUGCACUCAAUGGGGAGGAAAAGUCCCAUUACAAUUAUGACUGAUCAAGCACAAGCGAUUGCAGCGGGUAUAAGAAACAUUUUUCCUUCAACUGUUCAUCAUCGUUUAUGUGUAUGGCAUCUUGAACAAAAUUCUAAGAAACACAUUGGAGCAUUGAGAGCUUUGGAAGGCUUUACAGAUUUGUUUGGAUAUCUUUUGAAGUAUUGUGAAACUCCUGCUGAAUUUGAAUAUUUCUGGAAAAGGAUGUGUGAUAAAUACAAAUGUGAAAAUGAUGAUUGGUUAUGUGAUUUGUAUAAAAUAAAGGAAAUGUGGUGUCCUGCUUAUUCUAAGAAGUAUUGGUCUGGUGGUAUAUUGUCUUCUCAACGUAGUGAAACUACUAAUAAGUCAGUUUCACAACGUCUUAAUAAGACUCAAGGUUUAUGUGAUUUUUAUCAUGUUUUUUUUGAUGUCAUUUCUGAGUGGAGAAGUAAGGAAGGUGCAAGAGAUUACAAUAUUCUGAGGGGUAAUAGGCACCUAGAUUUUGCUAAUAUUGGUAUAUUAGUUCAUGCAAGAUCAUUGUACACUAUUCAAGCUUAUGUGCUUUUUGAAGAGGAGUUCAUUAGGGGGACAGCUUAUGAUCAUGUUGAUAAUGGUUUGCAUUUUCCAGAAUAUUCAUAUCUUCUUUGGAGGCCUGGGAAGGAUAUAAUUAUGCAUGAAGUUGUUUUUAAUAAGGAAACACAUGCAAUUUGUUGCACAUGCAUGUACUUUAGUGAGACUGGUUUACUUUGUUCUCAUUCUCUUCGAGUAUAUCAUUUGCAUUGUGUGCGUAAUAUUCCACAAGAGUAUAUAAUGAAACGAUGGACAAAGGCUGCCAUGUGUAGUCAUGGUAUUGAAGAACCUACUUUGAGGACAAAUGUUGUGGCUACUAGUGUUUGGAGGUCACAAACAAUCAGAAAGUUUGUUAAGUUGAUAACAAGUUGUCAGAAUUCUUUGAAUGCAAGGGCAGAGGUUGAGUGUUAUUUCAAUCUGUUAAAAGAAAAGGUUGAGAGUGUAUCAGGUGUAAUUGACUUUAGUGAACCUGUUAAAGAGGUUGAAAUUGUUGAUCUUGAGAUCAAGAAUCCUCCAAAAGCUAGGCCUAAAGGUGAGAGGAAUGUAAGGCCUAAGAGUACCUUGGAGAAGCAGUGUAACAAGGCAAAGGGUAAUUUCAAGAGGAAAAAGUCUCUGUACACUCCUUACAAAAGGGGUAUAGGGCAAGCAGUUGUACAGGUAUAUGAUCAUUUCAUAUUUUCAAAUUGAUCAUUUCAAGCAUUAUUGGAUUUUUGUAUUGGUAUUUAA